AUGAAGAUCAAGAAACAGAUUAUUGUUCGUGUACUUGCUGCCACUGUAAUUACAUGCGCAGUUAUUUAUACCACAACCAAUCAACAUGAAGCGAACGUAGCAUAUGAAAAAGAAGUGCACAAAUACCGGUUUAUUGAAGUUAAUCAAAUAGAAAAAGAAAGAAUUACAAAAAUGUUUUCCAAUAAUUCAUUUGGAUUUGUGAGAAUGAAGAAUGAAAGUGAGGUGUUGAAUCUUCACUGCGACAUAUGUGCCAUUGUGACCUCGUCGGGUCAGUUGUUGGGCUCAGGUGCUGGUGCCGAAAUCGAUAAGAAUACCUGCGUCAUUAGAAUGAAUACAGCACCUACUCGUGGAUAUGAGAAAGACGUGGGCACGAAGACCACACUAAGGAUGUUCAGUUUUGUCAAUUUACAGCAACAACUAUUCGAAAAAGAGCAGUUCUUUGAACAGGAAGGAAUAACAGGAACGUUUGUAAUAUGGAGUACUACUGUUAAAGAAAUACUUAGCAUGGUAGAGGAAGAAAGCCUUAGAUUAUUGAAGCAAUACCCAAGUCUGGAUCUAUAUAUUUCAUCAUUCGAACAGAUGGAUUUUGCUGACCGGGUUUUUCGACAAGAAACAGGACAGGAUAGAGCUGCAUCCGGGUCAUGGUUGAGUACUGGUUGGUAUACGUUGUUACUGGCUUUGACAAUGUGCGAACAUGUGAAAGUAUAUGGGAUGGUAGAGUCGGACUAUUGUCACAAUCAUGUGUUACUUGGCAUGGCGAUGUGUGGUUAUGUUUGGCCUGGCAUGGCGGUGUGUGGUUAUGUUUGGCCUGGCAUGACGGUGUGUGGUUAUGUUUGGCCUGGCAUGGCGGUGUGUGGUUAUGUUUGGCCUGGCAUGACGGUGUGUGGUUAUGUUUGGCCUGGCAUGGCGGUGUGUGGUUAUAUUUGGCUUGGCAUGGCGGUGUGUGGUUAUGUUUGGCCUGGCAUGACGAUGUGUGGUUGUGUUUGGCCUGGCAUGGCGGUGUGUGGUUAUGUUUGGCUUGGCAUGACGGUGUGUGGUUAUGUUUAG